CUUCCCUCUCCUCCCUCGUUCCGACCCCGUGGCUCUUCCUCCCUCCCUCCCCCCCCUCCACCCCGGGCCCGCUCCCCACCUCGUCCCGGCCAGCUGUGCCCGGCGUCGCCCUGCCCCCGGCCCUCCCGCCAGCCUUCGGCGGGCCCCGCCACGAUGGAGCUGUCCCAGCCGGAGCCCGCGCCGGGCCCGGCUCUCAGUCCGGCCGGCGUGCGCGGUGGCGCCGAGCGUCCCAGCCACCUCCUGGGCCUCCAGCUGGGAGCUCAUGGCCUCGUGGGGUCCCCGGAGCGCGCGGCCGCUUCCUCGCCGGUCACCACCCUGACCCGGACCAUGCACGACCUCGCCGGGCUCGGCAGUGAGACUCCUAAGCAUCAGGUAGGCAGCCCGCUCACAUGCCUAUCCCUGUCCCGGCGGCGGGCAUCUGAAUCCUCCCUGUCAUCUGAAUCCUCUGAAUCUUCUGAUGCAGGUCUGUGUAUGGAUUCUCCCUGCCCCAUGGACCCCCAGAUGGCAGAGCAGACGUUUGAGCAGGCCAUCCAAGCAGCCAGCCGGGUCAUCCGAAACGAGCAGUUUACCAUUCGACGUUUCCAGUCCUUGCCGGUGAGGCUUCUGGGCCACAGCCCUGUGCUACGGAACAUCACCAACUCCCAAGCACCUGGCAGCUGGAGGAAGAGUGAGGCGUGUGGCCGAGCUGCCCGCAGCUCUGGGGAGGACAAAGAGAAUGAUGGAUUUGUCUUCAAGAUGCCAUGGAAACCCCCGCAUCCCAGCCAUGCCCAUGCUUUGGCAGAGUGGGCCAACCGCAGAGAAGCCUUUGCCCAGAGACCAAACUCAGCUCCCGACCUGAUGUGUCUCACCCCUGAGCGCAAGAUGGAAGUAGAGGAGCUGAGUCCCCCAGCCCGGUGCCACUUCUCCCUGACUGCCACCCAGGGGGCCUCUGAAGAAGAUGAUGGAUUUGUGGACAUCCUGGAGAGUGACUUAAAGGACAACAACACAGUACCCCCAGGCAUGGAGAGCCUCAUUAGCGCCCCACUGGUCAAGACCUCAGAGAAGGAGGAAGAGCAGGACCUCAUCAUGUACAGCAAGUGCCAGAGGCUCUUCCGCUCUCCGUCCAUGCCCUGCAGCGUGAUCCGACCCAUCCUCAAGAGGCUGGAGCGGCCCCACGACAGGGACCUACCCAUACAGAGCAAGCGGAGGAGGAGCGUGACCCCUCCAGAGGAGCAGCGGGAGGCCGAAGAACCUAAAGCCCGUGUCCUCCGCUCCAAGUCCUUGUGUCACGAGGAGAUUGAGACUAUCCUGGACAGUGACCACCGGGAGCUGAUUGGGGAUUACUCCAAGGCCUUCCUUCUGCAGACUGUGGAUGGGAAGCACCAAGAUCUCAAGUACAUCUCACCAGAAACGAUGGCAGCCUUGCUGGCAGGCAAGUUCAGCAACAUCGUGGAGAGGUUUGUGAUUGUGGACUGCAGGUACCCCUACGAGUAUGAAGGCGGGCACAUCAAGACUGCAGUGAAUCUGCCACUGGAACGGGAUGCUGAGACCUUCCUGCUACAGAGCCCCAUCACACCCUGUAAUCUGGACAAGAGAAUCAUCCUCAUUUUCCACUGUGAAUUCUCAUCUGAGCGUGGUCCCCGCAUGUGUCGUUUCAUCAGGGAGCGUGACAGAGCCGCCAACGACUACCCCAGCCUCUACUAUCCUGAGAUGUACAUCCUCAAGGGCGGCUAUAAGGAGUUCUUCCCGCAGCACCCGACUUUCUGUGAGCCCCAGGACUACCGGCCCAUGAACCACGAAGCCUUCAGGGACGAGCUGAAGACCUUCCGCCUCAAGACCCGCAGCUGGGCUGGGGAGCGGAGCCGGCGGGAGCUCUGUAGCCGCCUGCAGGACCAGUGAAGGGCCAGCACCGGUCCUGCCUACCUUCUUUGCCUCACUGCCUGGGUGCCAGCCACCCGGGCGCCUGCAGGGCUGAGGGUCUGCUGGAGGCCCCAGCUGCCAUCCAGGGGAAGGACAGUGAGGGUGUCCUGUGCAUCUGCCCCCAGCCCCAAUCCCCAAUCCCCACGUCUCACUGCGAUCAUACUCCAUAACCUCGUGCCAACCCCAGCCCAGACCCUGGGAGAGCCCAGCCUGUUGCCUUGGUGAAACUGCAUUAAGUCUAGCUCAAAGGAAGUAUUUUGUGUCCAGCGGGAACCUUUUUGCUUUUUUUCCUUCCUUGUUUGAGUUUACCCUUUGUCUUGUGUCCAGAAAAGCCCCCCUCUUUCCUAGGCACUCUGUUUGU